GUUCACUCAAACUACAGGAAAAAACAUAUCCACAAAUGGCCACCAAACUCACUAGAAUUAGUGUAGUCGAGUGUCGACAAAUCUAUAUUUUAGGAAUGAUCCAGUCAGAUUUGGAGUAACAGUUUUCCGAUUUUGGGGCAAAAUUCAUACGUUUAGUUAACAAAGUGGCGUUUUGACAGUUACGCUGAUGCCAUUCCGUGAUGAAAACCCCAAAGCUGAUACCUAGACUUAACCAUCAACUGUAAAUCAUAAUCCCAAUUCCUCACCCUCAUUUAGCCCUAGUGAGUGAACAUUCUCAAGGUCACUUUAGAGUCGCCUAAAGGUCGUCCAUAAACUAGAAUUGCUUAACACAAAGCGGCUUUCUGUAUUUGGUGAUUGAAUACCAAACUACGAAAUCGCCUUAUAUGCAGCACCAGUCGACUUCAAAAUUUCGAGUUUUUUACUAAAAUGCCGCGGUAUAGUACCACAGAUGAGAUUAUGGGACUCCGUAUACCGGCUUUCAGGACUCGCCUUAUGAUGAAAAGUUCUCCUGAUGUGGACUGUGUUUCAUCAGAUUCUGUUGUAUGUCUAUCUAAAGCUACUGAAAUGUUUGUAAGUGAGCUUGUGUCCACUGCGAUUCGUGGUAAUCGAUCUGAAUUGACUUACAAGGAUCUUUCUCGUCUUCAAUGUCAGUUAGAUCGCUACAAUUUUCUGGCCGAUGUCCUACCUCAAAAAAUCACUGCUCGAGAGUGGAUAGAAAAAUACAAAUCCGAAUUUGAUGCAUCUUGUCCAUAAAAGUGCUUACUAUCUUGUUGGUUUUUCGUGUUAAAUCAUUCAUCAAUGUGAAUAUGUACUAGCCUAUAACUCAAAUUCGAUCUGUUCACUACACUGUAAUGUUUAUGAAUGAAGUUCGAUUGAGUAUUCCUUGGUUUUCUCAGUCUACAGUUUACUUAUAAAUCCAUUUUAUCCUCUCCGAAAUUUCAGUGAAAUGUUUGACAAACUUUGUAAACUUGUGUAAUUCGGCCAUCAUUCAUUUGAAUUACCAAUCAUGUCGAAAGCUUUUUCGGUAAUCUCAAAACCUAAUCAGGUAUGUAGGAAUUAUGAAUAAAUCCUGAGUCACCAUGUCACCAUCAUGUGGCAUCAAUAUUUUGAGAUUUAGAUUCCACAAGUACAUCUGACAAAGUCCUGGUUAUCCUCAGUAUUUGAGGAGUUUGUGCUAUUAGUAUCGAGUGUCGGUCGAAAAUUUCGGACUACACUAAAUAAUAAGUUUAUUUAUAUGUUGGGAAAAAUAAAGUAUUAAGUGAAAUAAAGAUUCUCAGUUUUCAGUAUUUAUGCACUACUUGAUCUAAUUGCGAACUUCAUACUGGAAACACUAAGCGAACGUUUCCAAGAGAAACAGUUAGUUUUCCACCAUUCUUGAAACAAAAGCUAAUUAUUAGUUGUAGUCUGCUUUACUAGUUUCUUCCCAUUGACACUUCACUCCAUUAUAUUCUUAUAUACUGAGGUGACAUAUAGUUGUAAUAGUAGUAAUAUUAAGAACCUUCAAUUCAAAUAAUCACCUAAAACUCCAGAGGUUACUGAAAUAGUUGUUCCUCUCUUGAUAAAAUGCUGAUUCAUAUCAUAUGUUUAAUGUCUUUACCACUUUUGGAUUUAACUAGGUACUUUCAUAACAGUAUCUGAUGACUAUAUCGCUUUGAUAAUGCUGAUAUACGAUCACAUAUUACCAAAUAAUAAAUUUCAAUGCGCAGCCUGUUCUCAAUUCAUUUCAUCAGUUGUUUGAAGGAGGAGGAAGAAUGCAAUACUGUAGCCAGGUAUAAGUUUAUUUCCUCGAUUUCAAACCAUUCUUUUUGUACGAGAGCUGAAAUUACUAUACGUCUACUUAGACUGAGGAGUAUGAGACGGCUUCGAACUUUUAACUCUAAAUGGAAAGAAAGUUUCUUAACCAUAGAGCCAAAACUACAAAGAAGUUAUUGUUAUGGGGAUAUGCUAUCGUUAGUAUAUCAUGAAUAACCGACCCACUCAGCAACAAAAGGGACAAAUGUUGAAAUACAUUGCAAUAAUUCGGUUGAGAAAUGAGAUGUAGUCACAUUCAGUCAUCACUAAGAAUGCUUGAGUAUCGGUCAUCAUUAAAGCAGGACGUGGUACAAGUGCACAUCGGUUAUAGUUGCCGAAUCUCAACUCAGUACAUGAAGAGAGAAGACUAACAGUAUGAGACAGGAUGGGGGUCAUCGUCAAAAGUAAUGGCAAGCUGAACAUUAGAUUACAGUUAAAGAAAAAAAUUGGCUAAAUAGUUAAAAUUUGGGAAUGAUAGUCUGUUUAAGAUAUACACAAUGCAACCCACUACUUGACAUAUCACUGAUAGUCUCUGAUCACUAACUACGAGUAUACUUUGGGCUUCCAUCUAUCUAAAUUACCACACCAUAUCAACAGCGAGAUGUGGCUAAUAAAUUAGUAGUGGUAAUGAAAGAGAUUAGGAAUACAGAGUGUGGUUCAAGAUAGAAUCCAUGGGCAGGACGGGAAGUUUAAAAUAAUUUUGAAUCUCAGGAUGAGGAACCAGAGAGAGGGAAUGCAUCUGCUUUGUUGUAACUGGUUUUGGGUCAUACCACCCAACGUUUCCAACUGGCUGUUACGAUAAAGUAGCUAGUGUUAAUGAUCCUGAGUAAAAAAAUGGAAGUACGAAGUUAAUUUUCUUCCUAGACGUUACUAUUCUCCGAAGUUGAUAAUAACUGUAUUUUAAGGAACUUAUAGUUAAAUUAGAUCUAAAUAAGGACUUACCUAUUGAUUUGUGACUCAAAAGAAGCAUACCCUAAUGUUUAGAGAUACGUGAAGAUUUAAAACCACUUAGGAGUAAUUCGUAUGACCAGACUAAUUUAAUCCAAUUACCAGUAAAUAUUGUUUACGGGGAACCAGUCGCGUGAAUAUGUUGUAGUAAUGUAAUAAAUAGUUUUAUACCAUACGUCACGAGAAUUUGGAUUCGCUUUACAUUAUAUCUGAUGCAGUUCGGACUACUAUUCCACCAACUUGGGUUCGUGAGUUGGUGUUACUAACCAUUACAUGAAGCAAACUGUGUUCACUGUAUUAUGUUGUUAAUCAUAACCAAAUGUUAAAUUAUAUAAUGAAAAAGGCUUGUAGCUCAAGUACAUUCCUUUAACUUGGUUGUCUUUGAGCUAAGCGAUUUAAUGACACUUAAUUACGCACUUUGACUGACUAUAGCCCGUAAAAACGCGUUAUGUAUAUUCAGGUUAUAGCCUAAAUAAUGGUGAAGUUCUUUUAAUUGACUAGGUGAUGUUGUUAUUGUAUCACAAGACCUUUUGAAUUUAUGUACUGCCUGAGUUAAUAUAUACCCGCAAAUCUAUUAUUAAUGUAUGGAACGCUAGUAAUAAAUGCUAGUUUAUUCUGACAAGGUUACAUCAAUGUCAGCUUUCAAUACUUGCGAUAAUCUGAAGGUAAUAUAAGUUUGUGAAUGAAAACCGUCAUACGAGAGAACUGUACAGUACUGACAUACGUAUGUCAGUACGGGUUUCUGGGAAUCGUUCAAUUUUGUCGAAAUCACAAUCAGUUCUAUGUUAGACUACCAAUGAAGACCUAGAAGCAUUGGGUGGCCAUUUUAUUCUAGAACAGGACUCCUCAGUAGUUUACACCUAUGACCCCAGGAAUUGAACUGGAGACCUUCAGUCUCGAUAAUCAUAUCGUGGAUUGCUGAAGUUAGACUCGUCCACCACUGGGCUCCGGUAGUCCAGGGCUUGAAAACUUGCGCGUGAAUGCAGGUCCCGGGUUUGAACCCCGUUUCCAGGGCCGAGGAUUCAGACUGCUGAGGAGUCUUGUGCUACGAUGAAACGCCGUCCAGUGCUUUCAGGUUCUCAAUGGUCGCCCGACCUUCAUCGGUUCAUG